CAUUGUGCAAAAGAUCAAUUAGAAUUCAGAUGGGAAAAAUUCACAGCAGACGAGAAAAAGAGGACCGUCCAAGCUAAAGAAGGGGAUUGGAUCACAGUGAAGCAAAGGAUUUGAGAGGUGUUUGUAUUGUGCAGAAACACCAGGAGAUACACCAGCUGGGAAUCAAAGGGAUAAGAAGCAAGCGAGGAGAGGACAAAAAGGACACAGAGCAAAGGAUACUGCUCUUUUCUGUGGAUUGGUGUGUUCUCUUGGGUUUCUCACUUCCCCCCUCCCGGGCUUACAGCAGAGGGGGAGGCAGAGUCGCAACCAUCGCAGGGAUGAAGUACAGCUACCAUGUGCCGGUGUCAACGUACACACGCAGCUCACAGUACACGCCGACAUCCCACACACCUAGCUAUUUAUCAGCAUCACAUUACACCCCAACUACACCGCACUACACAUCCGCAUACACCUCUCCAACAAAGUACACCCCGACACAGUACAGCACGGCGCAUUACACCCCCUCACAAUACACAUCCACUUACAAGGCCGCAUCGACAUACAUCCCCUCGUACAGCAAAGGGUCACGGUACAGUUCAACAAAUCGCACACAAGCACAGGAAAACCCUGCACCGGUAGCACCUGUAACACCUGCCGCGCCCGCAAAGAGAACUGUGCACUUCCCCAAUGACAUCAUCUUCCAGGAUAUUGUUAGACGAGGUGAUUUGGAGCAAAUCGGUCGCUUCAUGAGAGCGAGGAAGGUUCGUGUGGAUACAAUCUUCCACUCGGGUAUGGCAGCGCUUCAUGAAGCCGUGCUAACGGGAAACAUGGAGGUGGUGAAGUUGCUGGUGAAAUAUAGCGCUGAUGUUCACCAGAGAGACGAAGACGGCUGGACACCGCUACACAUGGCCUGCAGCGACGGCUACCCGGAAAUUGCCAGUUAUCUGCUGUUGAUGGGCGCCAGCACAGAGGCCGAGAAUGAAAGCGGAGAAAAGCCUGCAGACCUCAUCGACCCGGACAACAAAGAGCUGGUCAAACUGUUCGAGAUGGGCUGUGUGGGAUCGGGCACCAAAAGGACCCAAGACAAAGCAGCAACCAAGACAGAAGGCUGAGCAGCCACUUGGAAAAGAAAGAAAAACACAUUUGACAGUGUUAAACAGUGCAAUACCAAAGAAACUUGUAAAGGGGGGCAUAGUGCGGGUUUAAGACCAUGUCACUGACCCUGUAAUGCAAGAUGGUGGUUCUGUGUGUAACUUUAAAAAGUUAUUUUUUAAGAUGCAGCCUUAAAGCAAUACACUGUGAGGCUGUAUUUCUUUUCUUUAUUUCGCGUAUUUAUCAUAUACUGCAAGUGUCUAUGCAGCAAAUGUUAAUCUGCUUUCUCCCUGUCUUCACUCUCAGUUCAUGUAAUAUAAUACUAACAAUGUGUCACUGUGGUCCAGAAUCAAUUGAUUUCAAAAGGAAAUACGAUUGAUCUGAUCAUGGCAUUUUGGUUUAAGUAUUUUAAGUAGCUGGUAGCGCCCUGCAGACUGUAUUUUUUUCAAACUAUUAUUAUAAUGUGUAUUAAAUUUAGAACAUGUUGUAAAUGCCCAAAAUGUUUGUGUUCUAUAGUCUGAGCUAUCUAUCCUUGCUGCUGGGCAGAAGAGGAUCAGCUGAAUGAAUAAUUGAUACUUCAUUGAUGGUCAGAAAUAAAAUAAAACAAUUAAAAUAAAAUUAAGUGUAUGCUGUUUGAGCACUUUGCCUGCUGCAGUAUUCCCCCUGGUGUAUUGCUGUUUAUUGCAAAUGUCAGCAAGGAAAGUCUUAUCAUUUUCUCCUCAAUAAUUAUUUUUGUA